UGUGCACUCUUCUUCGCGAUCUUUCUCUACCGACGGGUCUAUUUGUAAACACGCGCGACAUAAGAUGGACGUGUACGAACAUCGCAGAAAAGAUUGGGAGGAUUUCAAUGUGUCACGAGAGGAACUGAAGAACAUAACCGAUUGCCUAGAGAAGGAGGAAUUUCGCAAUCUGCUGAUCGAGUACGUAGAGGAGGUGACUGACCCGGAGAACAGGAAGAUCUAUGAGAAGGAGAUCACCCAGCUCGAGAAGGAGCGGGGCGUAGACGUGACGUUCGUUAACCCCGAGCCCGGUUACGUCAUUAAGACCAGCGUGGAUGGUGAUAGGAAGUGCUUCCUGAACAUCAGCAAGAACGACAUCGUCGCGCGCCCCACCAGCCAGCCCUCCUACGAGCAGGGUCGCCGCGGCCUGCAGUGGUCUAUCCCGUACACGUUGAUACCACCCCGCUAUGACCUUGAUAAGAAGAACGUGCGAUGCAUGGUGUUUGACGUGGUCUUCCACCCAGACACCCUUUACCUGGCGUCCAAGAACCCGCUGUUCCGCGAGAUGGUCAACAACACGGCGAUGGACGGGGUGGAGAGUAACUUCAAGGUGAAGUUGGACAGGAAGAAUCUAAAGUUUCCCAAGAUCAACUUCAAAGGUAUAACACAUCCUUCGGUAAUCAGGAAACCUUCGGAGACACCGCCGCAAGAGCCACUGGACAUAGAACCAGAGAUCUAUCAGAAGAUAAUGACAAGCUACGACGAGAGUCGCGAGAACCAAUGGAAGCAGAGGGAAGAGAAGCCCCAACGUGCCCAGCCAACUACCACUUAUUACAAGGAUAAGCAACAGAACACUGUGGAUGAGAAAUACGUUACGCCUAAAUUUUCCAUAAAACAUCAGUCCGACGUGGAACUGGAAGAUUUUGUUUUGAGCCGAGACGCGAAGAUGUUUGCUACAGUCCCUAAAAAAUUGGUCAUUACCAUAGAUCUGCCCUUGUUGAAGAGCGCCAGCGACGCGACGCUUGAUAUACACGAACGAUCCCUCACUCUGAAAAGUGAAAAGCCUGCAAAGUAUCUGCUGGAUCUUCCAUUGCCGUAUCCCGUAAAUGGAGAUAACGGGAAUGCCAAGUUUGAUCCAAAAUACAAAAAGUUAAUUGUAACUUUACCAGUUGUUCGGUCAUUGAUACCAGUAUGUGGCAACGAUAGGGCAGAUAACGGGGUUGACAGUGAUCAGAAUAGUAUUGUACUAGUAACAUCCAAGGAUGACGAAAACGAUUUAUCUAAUAAGAAAAUAGAGUUACUGGAAGAGUGUGAAAGCGCGUACGAAAAUAUAAAAUUCAAUAAAGCGAGUGAAGAAGCAGAUAAGUGCGAAAAUACUGCCUUACGGACUAGUAAUACGACAGAAACCGCCGACGCAUUUAUAAAUCCUAGUGUCAAGUACAAUCUUCCUGCUUAUACCUGUAAUAUUUACAAUAAUCAGUUAGCCAUUGUUAUAAAUGUAAAAAAUGUGAAUCCAGAUGCGAUACGCCACAAAAUUUUAGAUAAUAAUGUAGGUAUACAUAUCUUGUUAACGUCUAUGGGUGCUGGAUUCUUUCCGCAAUAUUAUUCAUUGUGUCUUAAGCUAGAAAAUGGUUGUAUUGAGCCAAAAACUCUUACAAUUGAACCAUGGGACAAUAAUGUUGUUUUUAGCAUCACAGUGAAAGAUAUUGAGAAUGUAACACAAUAUUUUGUUGGAAUGGACACGGAAUUCAUGGAAGGAAAGGAUCUACCUACAGCAGCAUCAUUUACGAACAAGUUUAAAGAAUUAAUGUUCUCUCCGAAGGAUGAGCAACAGACAGACAGACAAAUCUCUGUACAGCCGCAGGAUGAUGGUAUUGUCAUAAAUAUUCGUCCAAAUCAGCAGGAAUCUGAUGACGAAGAAGAGCACGAGGAAAACGCGAGAGUCGUCCCAAAGCGACGACAAGAGAAGAAGCACGUUGAGAAAGUCAGAUCUGUUUCAGAAAGCAGCGGAGAUGAAUUGGCAAGCAACAGCAGCGGAAGCAGCGUGAGACACUCAAAGGGAAUUUUGAAAUCACGUCGCGCCCGCGAUUUUUCACGUUCCAUGUCCGAAUCGAGCGCCGACGAAAACUGUCUAUCUACCUCGUGUACGGAUCAUCAUUACGAUCAUGAUGAUUCCGUGCACGAUAUCAAUUCUGAAUCGGAUUGUUCCAGUUUGAAAAAGACUGUACGAUUUAAUGAUGUGGUUUCACGACAAUUAUUUAGAUCCAAUUCAAGUAUUCUUGGACAGCGAAAGAAGAACCAACGUAAACUGCGGAACAAGAAACGUGCGCAUGAUCGUCGACUAAGCGAAAGUGAGAAUUCCGAAACCGAGGAGCGUGACAAGUAUAAAGUCGAUUAUAAGCGUUCUUCGAGUGAGGACACUUCUGAAAACGUGAAACCUAUACUCGCUAAGGAUAAGCAUUUGCAACAGCAAAGAACCGCCAAUAUUGAAAUUACGAAAUCGAGCACUGAUGACAAACAUUCUUUGCAUAAACGUAAAUCCAAUUUUGAGGAGAAACCUACCGAAGAUGUGCAAGCUGAUGCCUUAAUUAAAACCACGAAAGGUGAGGUCCAAUUGGAAUUUAAGAACGAUCUGAUAUUCGAUCUCGAUAUGUAGACGUAAAACUAUAUACGAGAUAAUUAUGCAUAAUGUGAUAGGCAUCGAGGAUGUAACUGAUAACAAUGCUGAUAUCGUAAACUUACAUAUAUAACAUUACCAAGCAAUUAUUUUAAAAUAGAGUAUCAAAGAUAUUUAGAUGGGAAUAAUUUUUUAGUGCGUUAUUAGCAUAGUACUAGUAACGAGGCAAACAUGACGAAUCAAAAUCAUGAAUUCAUUUAAAUAACUGGACUUGUAUUAGUGAUAAGCGAAGCUUAAAAUAUUACCUUCUGAUAUCCUAAAAAUAUAGAGUAAUAAAGCUUUGCUUAAUGUAAAAAUUAUGUCAAUUUUGAAAAUAAUCUUGUUAAAGUACAUUGAUAAUUGCAAUACUGUACGGUGAGAUAUUUUUAAUUUUUUAGAGAGAAUUGAUUACACACAUUGUCAUUGAAUGACUUUUUACUAAAUCGAUUAAGAAAAGAUACGUUCCUUUUGCAUGUGUGUUAAAUAUUACUGCCGCAUGUAUGUGAUUUUUUACUCAUAAAAUAACGCUUUAUUAAAUCAAGAAUGAUCAAAUAAUAAACACACAUAGUUACUUUGAUAGGAGUGCAUACAAUUUUAAUGAACAAUUCACGUGAAUUUAUGCAAAAGUAUGUUUAGACCUUGUAUUAUAUACGAUACUUACGCCAAGAGUUUGCACACGUAUACAGAUGUAUCGCAUUGCAACGAGCGCUUGCCAACAAAUCAUGAUACGUAUGGUAACAAAAAUGAAUAUGGUUUUGCUUCGAAAAUUGCUAAUUACGUGGCACAAGAUUUUCGAUAUCUAAAGUUAUCUAAGUCAUACUCUCUUGUAAAAAUACUAAAAAAUUGUUAAAAAAUUUUUUGUUGGCUACGAAAGAAGUUAUAAGAUAUUUGUCGAUUUUAUAUAUUAUAUACAUUGGUAUUUUGUAAUUAAAUGUACAUAAGUUAUUUUGAUCUGGUCGAUGCAAAAUGUUUACAUAUCUGCGCUCCGAACACGUUUCAUUCAUAUGUUAUAUAGCGUAUUCAAGAAUUUUUACUGGUAAUAAGCAAUUCACGUAAAUUGAUAUGUUCACGCAACAAUAUAUAUUCCUGUAAUAGUGAUAUAACGCAAGAAUGAAAUAAACGGCACACAAAAUGUUUUUAUAGGUGAA